GUGUGUGCGCGCGUAAGUCUAAUUAUUCUAUAUUGCAAAAGCAUUCAGCACCGACCAAAUCCGAAGACAGAUACACAAACGCAUAUCAAGCACUCACGCAUAUAUAGGUCGGUAAUUGGUCAGAAGCGUAGGAACGGUGCUGCCAGUCGAAUCUGCUUUGGUUUCUAGUAUCAUUCGUUUUGGUGUCUUUCCUGUAGAUAGAAUCUAAUCAGAUAUUCAUUUUUUGAGGUUAAAAUCCCAAAUAUCUAACCAGGAAAUUUUUUAUAAGUGUUUUUUUAUUUAAAAAAUAAGCAGAAAAAGAAAGAAGGAAAACAUUAGAAAAGAUACAGAUUUCUUGACGGUAACCACAACAAGAUGGAUUACGUUUUUCAAGCCUGGAUACCAAACUUUUCUUCGAGCAGUCUGUUUUGUAGACUACGCAAAAUACUUCCUGGUGCUAAUAGAAAACAAAUGAUGCUGUCUUCUUGAGAUACAGCAAAGCUUUACACCGUGGAACUGUUGCACUGUUGCCAAACUUCAAAAUGGCCACGAGAGCAGCCACUUUCACAUCAAAAAUUCAGACUUUACAAGACUACCAAAAUCGCAUUAGGAAUGACAUGCUGCCUGAACAAAGCGGAGUGGAUAUAGUUAACACUUUGAAGUACUUUUCACAGACAUUACUUAGUGUACUUAAAGACGUUCCUGAUAUCCCGUCUGAUAGCUAUGGCCCGCGUCAAAGAGACAGUGUCCGCUUGUCUGUCUUCCCAAAUUUGAACUACUCUGGUUUGUAUGAAGCAGUUCUGAACAUCAUUGAUAUAGUUCCUCAGCUGCUUGUCAAACAACACGAUCUUGGUGAAGCAAUAUCGAAUGUUCUUGGAUGUUUGGUGCCAUUUCUAGAGCAUGAGUUGCUCAAUGCCCUUCCCUACACUGUAGCAUCGACUCUGGCAAUUUUCCCGCCUUCUUUACACAAAGAUACAAUUGACCUCCUCUGCAGCAGUCUUCUUCCUAUGACAUUGGGCACUUUUGGUCAUGAUGAACCCACGUAUGCAAGUGAAUCAGCAGCUGCUAUCAUUACGAUAGUCUUCCAACACACUGAAACUAGCAUGUUUCAUUCUCAAAUUCUGGAAUUCUUUAUGAGUAUGAAAAGAGAAGUAGUUAAGGACCUGCUCAGUGUUAUUGCAUAUGGACCCCCUUCUGCAAGGGCCCCAGCUGCUAAUUUACUGUUCUACUACUGGCCCCAGUUAAACCCAUCACAUUCAGAAAGACGUGGAAUUCACUACAAAUACCAGCCAUGGCCACCUGUUCUGUGUCAACGAGAAAACUGCGUAAACUCAGGAAAUUGUCAAGCUGUCAAGAUGUGUCCAAACCCUGCUCUUGCAAUUCAGUCAAGGGACAAACCACCCCCACUAUAUGUCUGCAGUGACUGUGCAGAACCACUUAAGAGAGUACACGAUGAGUACAUGGUUGAUAUACUACUUCCAAUGUCUCAUGUACCAACGACCUGCGAGAACAAGAAUUGCCGUUCAAGCAAUGCCAUUGCCGUGUGUACCUGUUUUAAUAUCAACUGUGCUAGUCAGAAUGGUAACCGACCAAUCAGGUAUUGUCAAAACUGUCACAUGGUACGCCACAGCAGUGAAACUGGGCAGAAACAUAUCUUCCAUGAAAGCAUUCCAGAAAUCUGGCAUUGUGAUCGAGAGACGCAGCGUUAUUUAAUUGAUGCUAUUGUAAGUCUACUCAAAGAAGCACAACCCCUGCAAUCAAAACGAGUUGUUGAAAUGGGUGAAGAACACUUCUAUCAAGUUCCCGAGGAAGACGACUUCUAUGAUGAAGGCGGCACUGACCGGAAGCUGUUGAGCCGCUAUGGGAUUUGGUUGCUAGUUGAACUUUGUAAACCCAAAGAAGACAUUUCAAUUGAAAUCCUUGGUCGUCUCCUAAGUAUGCUGUUCCAGUGGUUUGAUGCCACAGCCUAUUUAACUGAUGGUAUGUUAUUGUAUUUAUUCUCCUUUCAGUACAUUUCAAAAUGGCUUCAGAAAGUUGCUAAAUCUCAUUUUGAAGUCAUAGUGUCCUGCUUGCUCCCCCAUCCUGUUGAAUAUGCUCGAGUGGGAGGUUACUGGGACACAAUAACAACACGUACAACUCAGAUAAAAGAAGGAUUGAACUGCUUCUUUUGUUUAGUCCCCUACGACAUUAUUACGUUUGAGAUAUGGGAUUAUGUGAUGCCCUAUUGGCUUGAGGCAAUUCGUACUGAAGUCCCUUUGGAUGAAUUGAAUGAAUUAAAAGUCCUUUUAAACAAAGCAUUUGACAUUGACAUGUGUCCUUUACCAUUCACAUUGGAGCGUAUGUACCACUUUGUGUCUGAGAGAUUCCAUGAUGGCAGUGCUUAUGUUCAAGAACAAUCACUACAAUGGCUUCAGGUAUUGUCUUCCUUGGACAUCAUUAUUCCGAUUCAUCUGCUCUUGAAAAUGUUCAAAAAUGGUGUAGAAUUCCUUCAUCGCUCUGACCCUUCAAAAGCAUCGUCUGGAAGAGACCUGGCCUCUCAGUCGCUGCUGUCACCUGCUUCCCCUGUCGAAGAAUACUUACCCCAAUUUAGCCCUGAGAGAUCCAAAACCAUGAACGAGACUGUUGACUUAUUUGAACGUGAGACAGAAUUGCAUCUUCCCUGCUUUCUUAUGAUGUUAGACAUUCUCUUGAAACAGCUGGAAUUACAAGAAACUCCACGAAAUCUAGGAAUUUAUAAUGAGACAAGUCAACAGCUGAUGCACCUCCUGUCAACAACCCUCGAUGGGCCAUGGGAUGGCACACAUACAUGCAGCGAGGAACACCAGUCUAUCAACUGCCUCUAUUGUCAGAAUAUUGCCAUGUGGUAUCAAAUGUCUUCAAAGAUACUGCAUUACAUAUGCCCACGUGAUGUUGCUAAGAUCCCUGCAAAAGAGUUACCCAAGCUUGAUAACCUAUCUUCUGUGUCUACAGCGCAUUCGAAAGCAAGCGAUUCUAGUAGCAGCAGUGGUCAAGAAAAAAUGGCACCACACCUCCAAGAGAGCCCAAAACAUGACUUUUUUAUUGCAGGCAUGCCAAUUUAUUUGCAACUCUACAACUCACUGUUACAGGGUUUGUGUUCCGACCCGGAUGUGGAUGUCUGCUUUUAUUUGUUAACGAGUCUCAAGUAUUUAGUCCUUCAUGGUGAAACAUUAAACUACAGUGUUCAGACACAUCAAGACUUUGUUAAAUAUUCCCUUAGCAAGAAAUUAAUGCCAGUUCUGUGGAAGAUGAUGCAAGCAGAACAUUCUCAGCUGGCAUCCAUUUGUGUGCCAUUCCUUUUACACACACUCACUUUACCCACUGGUGCCGAUAUACUCUGGCAUAUGGUAGAAAAUGAUUUUGGAUCAGAUGACUGGAAAGUACGUUUUGCUGCAGUUGAAAAAGUUGUGGUGAUUUGUCGUCUGUUGGAUGUUGACUCUAUACAUAACAAUCAAGUAGUGCAGACUGCUCUCUCUCAUGCGUUCUGCUACCUUGUUGGUUCUCUAGAAGACAUGAACACUGCUGUUUCACAAAGAACAAUUAUUUAUUUGGAAACCAUUAAGCCAUCGGCUAUCAAAUGCCUAAUUCAGUGUUUGGAAUUUCAAUUUGAUACAGUGAUUAGUGAUCGCACUAUGAUUUUACACAGGAUGUAUCUCCUCUCCAGCAUUCUACCUGAUCAGCCCAUUCUCACCUGGAAUUUCUUUCUUUCUCGUUUUGACACCUUAUCACUAGAAGCUCAAUUAGACCUUGAAAAUACUGGAAACAUAAGCUACCCUACAGAUUUAACUAGUAGUGACCGUGAAAGUGAGCACUUCCUUCGGAAACUGAACCGCGCUCGGUUUGCAUUGGCCAGAACUGACAGCAUUCGGUCAGUUAGUGAAAGUCUAAAGAACAAACCUCCAUACCGAAGAGCCGUGUCAGUGCCUCUUCACCUUGUUACCAGAACGGCACCACCGAAAGAAUCCUUAUACACAUCUCAAUCCUGCACCGUAUUGCAUGAGGUUUUGACUGGGGUUUUCGCAACUGGAUGCCCCUUUUAUUGCCAACCACUAUUUCUUCACUACUGCAGUUAUGUUGGGGCAUUGGUGGAAUGGAAAAAAGAAUCUGUAGGAGACUUGAAUGAAGCAGUCUCUUAG